CACUUCCGGCGUUACCUGUGUCGUUACUGGGAGCUGUAAACAAGGUGUGCAAGCAUCUGAAGAGCUGGCGGGAUGCAGCAGAGCCGAGCGGCUGGAGGCCGUGGCUGCGCUCUUUUUCCUGUGCUGGGCGUCCUGUUCUUCCAGGGUGUUUAUAUCGUCCUUUCCUUGGAGAUUCAUGCAGAUGCCCAUGUCCGAGGUUAUGUUGGAGAAAAGAUCAAGUUGAAAUGCACUUUCAAGUCAACUUCAGCUGUCACUGACAGGCUGACUAUAGACUGGACGUAUCGCCCUCCCAGCAGCAGCCGCGCAGAAUCAAUCUUUCAUUAUCAGUCUUUCCAGUACCCAACCACAGCAGGCACAUUUCGGGAUCGGAUUUCCUGGGUUGGAAAUGUAUACAAAGGGGAUGCAUCUAUUAGUAUAAGCGACCCUACCAUAAAGGACAAUGGGACAUUCAGCUGUGCUGUGAAGAAUCCCCCAGAUGUGCACCAUAAUAUUCCCAUGACAGAGCUAACAGUCACAGAAAGGGGUUUUGGCACCAUGCUCUCCUCUGUGGCCCUUCUCUCCAUCCUUGUCUUCGUGCCCUCAGCUGUGGUGGUUGCUCUGCUGCUGGUGAGAAUGGGGAGGAAGGCUGCUGGGCUGAAGAAGAGGAGCAGGUCUGGCUAUAAGAAGUCAUCUAUUGAGGUUUCAGAUGACACUGAUCAGGAGGAGGAAGAUGCGUGCAUGGCGAGGCUUUGCGUCCGUUGCGCCGAGUGCCUGGAUUCAGACUAUGAAGAGACAUAUUGAUGAAAGUCUGCAUGUCAUAAGAAGAGUCACCUAAUAACAGGAAACAUCCCAUUCCACUGGCAGCUACGGCCUGUCAGAGAAGUGGAGCUGGCCUGGACCAUAGCGAUGGACAGUCCUGGAGAUCAUCAGUACAGACUUUAGGACCAGCUUAUUUAUUGAAUAAAUGUUUUGUUGUAUUUAUGAACUGUUCAGGAACUCUCAUAAGAGACUCAUGACUUCCCCUUUCAAGAAAUUAUGCUGUAAUUGAAUGAAGAAAUUCUUUUCCUAAGCAAAAAGAUACUUUCUGGUUCAUCUUUGCUCUGGAAUGUGUUACGUUUUCCUCCAGCUGUUCGAAGGAGAAGCCUGCAUGCAUGCCACACCGCUGAUGCCAAAAUCACUUUCUAAAUGAAGUGGAGCUUGUGGCUUCCUGAUUUGUCACCAGACAAAAUAUCUGCUUGGGAUGGUAUUCUUUGUUUUUUGCUCCAUGUACACUUUCAGCUGUGAGUAGUAUAGGGCAUAUACCCAUUGGUUUAAUGACCUCAACCUCAGUUUUUGGAUAACUUAGAGUGUAUACUCUUAGUUUCUUUAAAGUUGGUAGGAUCAAAUCAUUGGUUUGCUGUGAUUGGGUUUUUAAAGUGUUAAAUACAAUGUCAUCAAUUUACAAUUAAGGAAGGGAAUAGUGAGGUAGAAUAAUUAUUUUCUUUAGUCUUGCUGGUACAAUUUGGGCCAAGGAGUCUUUUAUAGCUACUACUUUUCUUCUUGACUUUUCAAUCAGAGGCAAGAAAAAUUCUUUACAGGUUUUUAGUAGGGGCUUAUAGAGUAUUUCGGGAGUUCUUUGCAAUUACAACAUGUUUUCAUUUGUAUUGUUUUUCAAAACGUUGUUGAUUUCUAAAAUGUGCCAACUAUGAGUAAACUAUGAGUACUUGCAAGCUGUUUUUUCAUAAUAUUUGAGAUGAGGAAGUGAGAUUGUGCAUAGCAUAGUUCUCCUUUCUGUUCUCUUAGUGCCUUAUAACAGCUUACUCCAUUCUGCUAUAACAGCUUGUUUCAAAAUUUAAUUUACAUGGGACUUUUUAUAAGCCAUUAAGGCAUAUGGAUAGCAUAUCAGUAAAUAUGGAUAGUGCAUAUAUAAAUGGUCCUCUGUAAUAGUGAUCGGGUUCACUUCUCAAUUAUGAGAGACAAAAAUUAUCCCCUCACUGGUCUCUAUGAGGGGGUUGAUCCCUUUUCAUGGUUUUCAUUAGGUGGUUCAGGAAGUUUCCAUAUUACAGCAUUUUAGAGUGUAUAUGUUAGUUUAGAAACCACUUCUCUCUCUCUCUCUCUCUCUCUCUCUUUUUGCCAUGAUCUAAUUUAAAACAUUUGGGUUGUUAGAUCUGUCUCAUAGAUUUGGCCUGGUCUCUGCUAUUAACCUGGUCCAUGGAUUAGCAAAUCUGUUUCGUUGGAGGAUAUUGUGAUUUGACUCUGGUCACGCGAGGAAGUAGAAGAGGCAAAGACAGGACCAGCAGUUGACACUUCCAGUGGUUAAACCUCACAGUACUUUGGGCCGCUUGUUAACUUCUGCGGUUGUCGCAGGCCGAUCUCCCGUGACCGUUUCCGACACCUCAACAGAGACAGGAAAGCAACUGCAGCAAUGAGGGCGAAUGAUUCAGAUCUCUCAGAGGCUGGAAGAUAGAGAGCUAACUGCGAGGGGAACUUUCUGUGUGUCCUCAUUUCUCCGAGAAAGAGAUAAUGUCACAGGAACUCACUGAAAGCCACGUCUCAUUAAAUGAGGAACCAAUUUUGGCUGGGCCUUCUUGCAAAGUCCUUGCAGGUGUGUUGUGAAGAUUACUGCAUGGUGGUAUGUUUGUAGACGGACACCUAGUCUAAACUUGAGGUAGUUGGUGCUCUAGGAAUACUCAGUCAUGUUAUUUUGUAGCCUUAAUCAUGACUCGAACGAGUCCCUUCCUUUUUUUUUUUUUUUUCUAUAUUUGUAAACAUUUAUUCUCUUGAACUGAAAAAGGCUUGCAUCAGCACACAUUGUACAGCCUUGCAAAUUACACAGAAAUUGAAAAGAAGGUUCCUUGUUCAUAAGUGCAAUGAAUCUUUGAUGUCCAGUGAUCCGCUGCAAACAACGAAAACAAACUGUAAACCGCUUAAGAAGUUUCCAGCACUCAUCAAAUGCAUUUCCUUAGGUGACAAAAAAAUCCACAAGGAGGGGAAUGCAAGUAAGUGGCAUUUAGUUAUUAGAGAGAUACUUAAAAAAAGUGGAAGUAUUUUCCUGCUUAGAAUGAUUCCUGUUCUCCUUUGAAUUUAAGUGGUUUAAGAGGCAUUAAGAACCAGGAGUCCCUUCCUUUUUAAAUGACUGAACAAUAGAGUCCUUCAUGGUAAGGGAGUACGUUGACAAUUUAGUUUACUUAGUUUAGUUGACUUCAUGGGUUUAUAAUCGCAUCCCAGUCACUGGCUGCUACCCUUUUCCUUCUUUAUCCCUCAUACUGAGAUUUGAGUUACAGCUUUUUAUUCUUCAAAGGGUCCCAAAGCAGUGUACAGACACCUGCCUUCUUUAAGGAUGAAAGGAAGAUACAGUGGUUUGCUGUUUACUUGUUUGUUUCACCUGUUGUUGAAUAACUUCUAAGGUGCUGUUCGCUCUCUUUGCUACUCCAUGGGCUCUUGUCAUACCCCUGGAAACCAGCUUCUUUUAGAAAGGGAACUUAGUUCAGAAGGGGUUAAAAACCUUUCAGAAUUUUUCUUUAGCUGCUGACGUUUUUACUUGUGGUUACAUUACCUGGAGUUGUAUGCAUUAAGCUCUUAAUUCUAUUACAAAAUGUGAACUUGUCGACUGCUUUGUGUUUUCCAUGUGACCUGCUACUUCAGGCUACUUGGAGAACAUCUUAGUCCCCUGCAGCUCCUGAACUCAGCACUGGUGCUUCAGGAGAGAAGGUAGCAUGUCUUUGUUAAAAACAAAACGGAACCAAACAAAAUGACCCUUCUGGAGGCCACAUCCUGAAUAUGAAUGCUCUGCUAAGUCACUCAGUUAUGGUUCUAAAGGGAAACUGGAAGAAGACCAUAAGGAGUGGGCCAAGACUAUUCUUUAAUUGCACAACUUGAAACUUCGCUGCCAGAAGAGGCAGCUCCAUUUCUGUGACUCCAGUGUUCGGCUGUUAACUGCCGCACCUCAGUGCCUUUUUUGUUUUUGUUUUUUGUAGGAGGGUAGGCACUGUUGAGGCAUAUGCACAGAUUUGUACCUCUUGGUGUCUUUACUGCAUCUUAGUUAAUAAACUUCUUUGCACCCUUUGGCUA